GAGAGCGUCUACAUGGAGUGGAAAGAGCCAUCGACGGUAACCGGUUGUCCUCGUGGGUCGGGGGAUCCACCAGCUGCCACAGAACCGACACCGACCUUUCCUGCGCUGAAAAGUAGGCAACAGACGGAGACCGACCGUGGAACGGACAACGGAACAAGAUGGCCGCCUUUUACAGCGUAAGCAUGCUGCUAUUUUGACAUUCUUGCGCGUUGGAGUUUCCUAAAAUCGCCUUCAACAGAUAUUGUUCAAGUAGUACAGUGUUUGAUAUUAAUGUUGUGUGUGCAGUGUUCGUAUUACUGAUAUUGUUUGUGCUUCGGUAGGUAGGUGUCGAAAGCACCCAGUGUUUUUGUGUCAAAGAGGAUGCUUCAACGCCUCGGAUCCUCCUCUGGAAUACAAGUAUCUCAUGUGACAACAGAGAACCGAGGGCUAUAUCAAAAGCAGUUGAAUUCAAUAUUUAAUUACAGAAAAUGAAGGACACCCUGUGAGCAGGAGCCAUGAUGAAUCUGUACAAACGGGGAAUGAUCUUUGUGACAUUCCUCGGGUCAUGCCUGAGCAUAGUGCUGAUAGCAGCGGCGUUGGGCACCAACUACUGGGUGGUGGCGCAGGCCAGGCGCAUCCCUAAUCCCACCGAGUCCGACGGUCAUGUUCACUUCGGACUAUUCCAGGGCGUCAAGGACUUGAACGUCGCUUACGGAUGGAGAACGUAUCAUUUCAGUGUUUUAGACUUGAUGCAACAAGACAUGGACUUCAUGGUCUACAGCUACUGGAUGACCACAGUUGUCACAACCAGCAGCUCCCUCAUCUUCGCUGCAGCCUCUGCAGUCUUCGCUGUCAUAAAUACAGCAACAACGCCCAUUGGCACAUUCACUGGAGUUCCUGGAUUGUACCUAUGGAAUCUUCUCACAAUUGUUCUGCAAAUGUUUGCAGUGAGCUUCUGGAUAUUGCAAUUCACGAAAAAGUUACAGAAGAAUGUGAUGAGUUUAGAGGAUCAAGCCAAUCUAUGGACAUCUGAUGGCAGGGCGGCUUAUGGCCACUCGUUUUGGUUUGUAGUGUCAGCCGUGAUCGUGCACGUGAUCAACCUGACUUUCAUCUACUUUGGAACGAGCGACUCGCGUGAGAAAAAGACUUCGGUGCCAGUGACGGAGGAGAAGAGCAAUGGAGCUAUCAUGCUCUACUGACAACAUUCUUGCCACUUGCCAUUACAACUCCCUUAUGAACAUUGACAUUUGUGAUAGUGUACAGUCAAGAUACUACGGAAUGUGUCAACUUAAUAUAUUGUGUAAUUCGACCAAAAUUGUAAAUAUAGAUUAAACCAGAUUGACUCCACACUAA